AUGGCCGCCGCCGGUACGCGGGCGCAGAAGCCCGUUGGCUCUGCAGCAUGGAUCGCAGCAGAGAAGGAGAACAUGAUGGAGCUGGUGGACCAAGAGAUUGAGGAGGUGGAAUAUCCCGUCCGCCAUGAGAUGGAAUGGCUAAAUGAACACAUGGCCGAGAUCUUCUCCAAGGGCCAAGUCAACCUCACGGAUGUAUUCAAGACACCAGGAAAGAUGAGGGGCAAGACUCCUCGAACGGCUCGGAAGCGGGUUCCAGAAGAGAAUCGAUUGCCCUUGAGUGAGAUAUUUUCCUCCACUCAUAAGCAACUGGAGAAUAGAGUCAGCCCGAGCCCGUUCAUUCAUCGGGUUGUCUCCAAGCCCGCAACCAUCAUGGCUUCGACUGCUCCCCGCAGGGACGUGCCGGAGAAUGCAUCGCAGCCUGACUACCCGAACCUCAGUCAGAACCUGAACUCCUUUCCAAAAUAUAACACGGACUCUGGUUACCAUGGGAUGGCGGAAGAUGACGAGAUGGUCCUGCCGACCAUGCAGUCAGAGUCACAAACGUCUACCCAACCUGUUGAAGAACUUAUAGAGCCACACACCCAGGAAAGAGACAUGUCGGUUGGCCCACAGCCGACCGAAGACUCCUUCCACUCUGCCCAGGAGAAUGUUCGGUCUCGUGGGGAGACUGUUGAACCCAUUAAUGUCGACCCGACACCCACACAGAAAGCUCGUUCGCCGGAGCCACAGGAUCCAGAUCUAGAUUCGAACGCGACCCCAACGCUCAAAACAUAUUCCAAGUCGAAAGUCAAUGCGGCUUUGGAAAAACAGCAAAAACAAUCCCCGAUUCCGAAAAACUCGAAGCAAAACGAAGCUAAGGUGGUAUCUUCGCCAGAGAAGCCUUCAGCGAUGCAGUCCGUGGCAACGCCUGGAAUUCAACAACAGGAUGAUCAAAUGGAAGAAGAUAAUGAUUCAAACGAAGUCACUGUCCUUGACAACCUUGACGAUAUUGGCUCUCCGUCUGAUGGUUCUACGCCCGAGAGACCACUGGUUCGGAAGAGCAGUUUAACAUUCGCUUCUCUGCCGGCGCGUGAGCCUCUCGGUAAAAGCUUGGUCGGUCCGCGAAUUUCUCGCACCAGCCAUAUUGAUCUCGCGAAGCUGAACACUGCCGGACCUUCCAGCUAUUUUGGCCGCCAGACAGGAGGCCAUAGGAUGACUCAAGCUGUGACUGAAGACAAUGGCUCUUCAGGGCAUAUGGAGAUCGACGAUGAAAAGGAGGCCGAAGGCCAUGAUGACACGAUCAAGGUUAGCCAGCUCCACAACAAGAAGUCGACCCAGACCCUACAUGAGAGGAUCAGUAUGUUGGGCAAGCUCCAACCCUCGCGGUCCAAGAAGUCGAUCUCAGCCAUGCCAGGAAUGUCUGGGGGUCAAGUUUCUUACCCAGAUCUGCCGGCCAGCAAAGCAGAGGCAAAAUCGGUGUCUUCAAGCCAGAAGGCUCGCGAAACCCCGGCCCCGGAACCAGUGGCAGACGAAGAGGGCGACUGGAUUAAGCCCUUAAGUUCGCCGCAACGUCCAGGUAUUCCGAAGAGCAAGACCACCGAUGUCAUGGAAAAGCUCUUCGAUGUCGAGAAGCAACAAUCAACCGGCCAGAAGGCUGGCACCCCCAGCACCACAGAAGCAGACCGUCCCAAAUCGGCAACUUCGAUAUUUUCCUCUCCUCGGCAAGUUGGUAAUCUGCAAAGCACAUCCGCUGAGGCAUCCACCACUCCCGGAGGUUCUCCCAGGCGCUUUGAUGGGCCCUUGAGUGCGUCGAAGAUGAGACUACAAUCCAUCAUGAAAUCAGCAAAAGGACUAUUUACCAGCACCGGUGCUGUCUCGAGUUCGGCGAGGUUUGAAAGCUCUUCGCCCUUGCAAACUCGAUCCCAGCUCCAGGAUGGGCCUGGCACCGACGUUGGUGGCAUGGAUGAACACGAGUCUCAAGCGCCCCAUGCUUCUAGCCCAUCUCGGCAUGAGGGCCGUCGGACGCGGGGCUCGAUUGAGAAAGCAGAAAAACAGCGGCAAACGGAACUGGAGGAGCGUCAACGGGAAGAGGCGCGUCAAGAAAGGGCUCGGGAACAGGAGAAGCAGCGAGCAAUUCAACUCAAAACCGCUCAAGACAAGUCUUCCAUUGAGCCGGAAGAUCGGGCAGCUCCAACUACUGGCAAGGCACAGGUCCAGCGCCAGCAGUCCCGCGAGCCUGAGUCAGUGCACGACGUUGCGUCUAAAUCCGUUUCCCAACCGAAGAAUGAGCGACGUCCUGUUAGGCCAACUCGUGAAGCUGUGCAAAAGCCCAAGCCGCAGCCAGUGUCUAUCCGUGUGGGAAGCACGCUCUCCCGAAUGCCCUUGCCUUCGGUUUCUUCCGGUGUUCAAGAGUCGAAUCCUCCGGCACCUGCCCCGGCUCCUGCUCAGAAACAGGCGACUUUGAAGAAAAAGGGCAGUAGUUCGUCUCUUCACACGACCUCGUCGACGAGUAGCUUCAAGAGCUCUGUAUCGAGUCAAACCCAAGCGCAACGGAAGGCUCAGCUUGCCAAUGAGCGAAAGAAGGAACAAGAGGAGCGUCGCAAGGAGGAACAAAAGCGUGAGCAAGAACGCAAACGAACUGCCCAACAACAGCAGGAAGAGGCUCGUCGGCAGGAGAUGCGAAGCCGUGCUGAAGCUGAACGAGAGCGUCGGGAACGCUCUGCUCAGGAAGACCCGCAGAAAGCCGCCCACAUGCAGGCGAUUGAAAAGCGGCGGCAAGAGAACGCUCGCAAACACGAGCGACAAGGCAGCCAGCAAUCGAUCAAUGAGGGUCCAAUGCUUCAACAUGAGAAGGCAGGUCAGCAGUCCUCGCAGCGGAAUGAUAUGGGAGCCAAUAGACCUCCCUCUCGGUUGGGCUAUGGUCGAGCAAUCAACCCCCCAGUACCGAAUCCCGCCAAGCCGCCGAAGAGAGUGAUGGAUGAGGAGACGAAUCACCGACCGGCGGUUUCCAAGCCCAGCAACGCCCAUUCUACUAGUGAUGCCAAGCGAAGGAAGACGGAUGAUGAACACAACCCCAUGCAACCAGUGCGGGCUCCAAUGGCUCCGCCAAUUCGUAAGGAGCCUGGAAAGGCCUCUUUCUACGGUCAUGGGCAGGCAUCCAUGGCUCAUCCCUCUGGUUCUUCAGCCUUCAAAAAUGCUCAACCACAGCGGCCCGCUCAUCCAAUGGACAUGGCGAAAAUUACCAGCGGCAAGAUCCCAUUCGCUGACCCGAGCCAUGCGCCGCCCCCAGCUGCGUAUAAGCAGUCAGCAGCCGGUUCGCAGCGCGCUCCUCCCGCCAAGCCAUCGCCCAAGUACCCCAACAGCGAUAGUGUUCAUCUACCGGAGAUUGCCACAGACAGUGAAGAUGAGGACGACUCGGAUUCGGAGAUGUUCCCCGUGCCGCAAUGGGCGCAGGCCAAGGAACUGGAAGGUCUCCUGCGGCAACAGGACGGUAUGGAAGUCGACUCGAUCUUCGGACCAAUUGCGCCGUUCUCGCUGGAAGAAACAUUCAAGGCGGACAAGAAGAUCAAGAAAUACCGCGACCGCACCAGCAGCGCGAACUGGUCGGGUCCGGAUGGGCUCACGCAGGAUGAAAUCCGGAGAGACCGCGCUGACAGGCAACGGCUGCGGCUCAACGGGGGAUGGUCCUUCAACCUCUGA